UUUCGCAUUCUAACUCUCAGUUGAUCUGCAGUUAAAUCGUACACAAAUUUCUGUAAUCAUUCUGCAAACAUGGUUAGAAAACUAUUUUUAGCGCUUGCUUUCUUGAUGGCUGCGACCGGGUGCUUUGGACAGCUUUCAGGUUCCCUCAGUCCGGACUACAAAGGUGGCAACAAUCUGAAUGUUAACGGACGACACGUGAUCGGUAAUGCUCACGAAAAUUUGGCGGGAUCCGUCGGUUUGAAUGCGAAUACUGCGGGAGGGCCACCAACCGGUAAUCUAGGACUCGAUUAUAACCGAGGAUUGAACAGUGCCGGAGUAUUCGGAUCACAUACACCGGGUCAGCAAAACACCGUCGGUGCGAGAGGAAAUUUGAACCUGUUGAACAACCAGCGAGAUCGAUUGGAUCUGUCCGGAUUCGCAAGUAAAACCCACACACCAACCAACGACAUAACGAAGUUCGGCGCUGGGCUCCAGUCGAACGAUCACGGGGCUUCCUUCACUAGAAGUAACAUAGCUGGGGUUGGAUCGCAAACUAGACUCGAUGGCAACGCGAAUCUGUUCAAGACGGACUCCAACCGACUGGAUGCCAAUGCGUUUAAAUCUUUCAACAAACUCAACAAUGGAGCGUCCUUCGGAAGUCAUGGCGCCGGUCUCGAUUGGAACAAUGCUAGAGGACACGGGGCCUCGCUUGGAUUCGAUCGGACACCUGCGCUGAGAGAGACGAAUGUUUUCGCCACCGGAAGAGCGAACCUGUGGCAGAACCAGCAAAGCUCGCUGGAUGCAUUCGGGACGGUGGGCCGAGCACUAUCGGGGCCGAGCCGGGGUAGGACUAAUUUUGGAGCCGGUAUCGGUUUGAAGCAUCGGUUUUAGCUAAUUUUUGCUUAAUUUUUUUCAAGUUCAUGUUCCUUAUUAGUGGAUAAGUAAAGAGAUAAAAUAUUUGUAUACUUUCACCCAAAA